AUGGAUAUUUCUAGGAUCAUGACUUAUGCUGAACUAAUUGAAGGGGAAAAGCUUGAGGAGAGGAAGGUGAGGGAGUUCAAGAGAGCUCGACUUGCAGGCCAAGGUUCUUCACAAGCUUCGGGUCAAGAAUUUGAUAAGGAUAAGGUAUCCAACCCUAAGGCCCAAGAUGGGGGUGUUAGUGGGUCUAUUCUUUCUAAGUGUGGGAGAAACCAUGGAGGUAAAUGCUUAUUUGGUAUGGGUACUUGUUUUGGGUAUGGUAAAAUGGGACACAAGAUAUCUGAAUGCCCUAACAAGGAGAGAGAAGGACGUCCUCAAGGACAAGCUACUCAAGGAGGACAAGCUCAACAAGGCGGAGGCCAAUGCCAAAAUAGAUUCUAUGUACUUCAAGUUAGGCAAGAUGUUGAGGAGUCUCUCGAUAUGGUUACGGGUAUGUUGUGGGUCUUUGACUUUGAUGUUUAUACUUUACUUGAUCUGGGUUUCGUAUUAUCUUUUGUUAAUCCUUACCUUGAUAUAUGA